AUGAACAUUUUGAAAUCUUAACCAAAAGAUUGUCGUACACUUUGGGUCGGUGAUGUUGAAUCCUGGAUGGAUGACAAUUACCUUAGUAGCUUAUUCUAAGGCUUAGGUUAUGGGUUUGUAGAAUUCGCUAACCCAGAAAUUGCUCGCUAAGUCUUGAACACACUGAAUGGUUCUCUCAUUCCCGGAUCUAACAAAGCUUUCAAACUAAACUGGGCAACUCACAAUGUCAAUUCAACUCCCUAGACGAUUAGUUUUGGGCUUACCGGAUCAGCGUCUGUCCCAGCUUAGACUGCUCAAUAAGUUCAAGAAUAUACUAUAUAUGCUACUGAACUUGAUCCAUAUGUGAAUGACACAAUACUAUUUAGUUCCUUUAAGCAGAGGUUUAAUAGUGUGAUAUCAGCCAAAGUAAUCCUUGAUCCAGUAUCGAGAUCAUCUAAAUGCUAUGGGUUCAUCAAAUUUUCAGCUUACGAUGAAUCUUAAAGAGCAAUUAAAGAGAUGAACAAUAAGAUGAUAUUGACUAAGAAUGUCAAACUCAGGUAACAAUAAGAUAUUAAGUAAUAAUUCCAAAUUAGCUCAUCCUAGUUAAGUCAAAGCUCAUCUGAUGUCAAUACUUACAAUUAUUUGAUAAGUCAAGAAGCUCAUAAACAAAUUUUGGGAUAAGAUUACGACAACACCGGGUAUGAAUAGAUGUACUAUAACAUUCCUGCUCCUACAAUGCCAUAUUUCGCUAACUAAAUCAAUCCUCAUGCAACUCUUGAAUCAUUCUAACGAGGCCAACCUAGUCAGUAGUAAUCUUCAUAUCAUAAUUAGACAUAUUAGUCUUAGCCAGUUAGUGCCAACAAUAUGAGAAAUCCUAAAGUUGACUACUACGAUGGAGGCUAUUAUCAAUAGCAUUAGUAUUACUAUCCGCCUCAAUAUGGCCAGCAUUAGUACUAUGACUAAAGCGGGUAAAACUAAGGAAUGAUGAUGCAUCCACCUGCUUUCAUUAAUCCUCCUCCCUCAUUAAAGCCAAAGUUUAAAAGACUAUUCACUAUCGAAGAAACAUCGAAAUUGAAUGAAGAAUAUUCAAAGCAUCAUGCAGAAGGUACAGAUCUUCUAUAUUGA